AUUAUAUCGUAUUAGAACAGGAAAGAUAAACGAACGUCAAACGCGUCGUUAUUAUUACUUAUUAUACAUCGACAAAAUAUGAUAUUAAUGCUAUAUAAUAAUUUAGCACACUAUGCUCAGGGUCUUUCCCUCCGCUAUCAUGAAAUCCGUCUCUCCAACACACACGGCAAUCGGUAUCUAUCGUCUUAAUCACCUCGCGAUACAACAGGUGGUGCGCUAUCGAACUUUACUUUAUCGCAACCCGCGGACGUCUCUCCAUACACUGUUAUAAGUUAUUACUACGACAGCCGACGCGCACGAGACAAGUUUUCAAAACCUCAGUCGUCCGUUAAAAUCAUUCAAUAAUAAUAAUAUUAUAGUUGUAAUAAUAAAUUGUAAUUGCCAAAAAAAAUGUUCAUAUUCUAAAAUCACCACUGUAGCGCAAAACGCGUUCCUAUAGUGUCAAUAUUACAAUUUAUUAUUACCUAUGUCGCAUCGUACACGUCUCUGCGUUAACCGCAGUUUUUGUUUUUACUUCAUCAGAGUUUAUAAUAAUAAUAUAUUAUAAUAAUAUCUCCAUCGUCGACCGGCCGCCGAUUGCGGCACGAAUACGAAUUUAUAAUAAAAUUGCAAUAAGUGAACGCUUAAAACACACCAUCAUCCGAUAGUGGAAAACACCGACGGGCCCAUCGAUUCCGCCACAGUGCAGACACUAACGAGGUACCUGCGGCUUUAAGUUUUGUCGAAUUCCACGAUGGAUAGAAAUUGCAGAAUAUACAACUUCGGUCCAGACGGCCGCGACGCGUGUUGGGCCGCAUUGUCGAGUUCGUGGGGCCGUUGUUCGAAUCAGCAAGACCUUAACACAGUGAAAGUCUCGUGUGAUAGUUCAUCGUCGAAUGAUGUCGAAGCACAGUCAAAACAUACCUCAAGAUCUUUUAAUUCAAGGUCGGUCAAUUCAUGUAGGUCGAGCAAAAAAACUAGCGUUUUUAAGACGUCACUGUCUCCACGGCCACAGGCACCACCAUCAUCUUCGCCGAGGGUCCUCAAACGCAAAUCGGGCAUACAACAAUUGGCCAACAAUCGGCUAUCCAGUUCAGCUGAGGUUAUGAAGAUAACAAUUUUGGAACCACCGCCAAGUAAUGAUCAGUGCAACUGCAGCCAGUCUGGAUAUUCGGAAUUGCCCGUCGUCAACGGCGUCACAAUCAACAAUAAUAAUAACAACGAUGAUGACAAAAACAAUCAGAAGUAUGAAGUAUUGGAAACUAUUGACUUCGCUAACCAGAAGAAGCAGCAACUGGUGUGCGUGGCUGACUCCAGAUCUUCGAUAGACAUUACAAAACCGGCCACCGUAUACGCGGAGAAGCCAGUGCAUCACGAAAGUGAUGGCCCCAUUUUAUCUGUAUCUCGUCCGCCGACUCCAUCCACUGCCAAAAAGCAGCCAAUCGAGAGUCUACAGCAGAUCGAUGGUGACAAUGUUUCAUCCAUGACCUGUCCACUGACUCUGUCCAAUACCGCCGAGCAGCUAAUCGAGAAUUCGCAGCAGAUAGAAGGUGACAACGUUUCAUCCAUGUCCUGUUCACUGACUCUGUCCAAUACCGUCGAGAAGCCAAUCGAGAGUUCACAGCAGAUGGAAAGUGACAACGUUUCAUCCAUGUCCUGUCCAUUGAAUCCACCCUCUACCGUCGAACAGCAAAUCGAAAUGGUACAGCAGAUCGAAGAUGACAACAUUUCAUCCAUGCCCUGUCCAUUGAAUCCACACUUUACAGUCGAACAGCAAAUUGAGGUGGUACAGCAGAUCGAAGGUGACAACGUUUCAUCCAUGUCCUGUCUAUUGAAUCCACCCUCUACCGUCGAACAGCAAAUCGAGGUGGUACAGCAGAUCAAAGAUGACAACAUUUCAUCCAUGUCCUGUCCAUUGAAUCCACCCUCUACCGUCGAACAGCAAAUCGAAAUGGUACAGCAGAUCGAAGAUGACAACAUUUCAUCCAUGUCCUGUCCAUUGAAUCCACACUUUACAGUCGAACAGCAAAUUGAGGUGGUACAGCAGAUCGAAGGUGACAACGUUUCAUCCAUGUCCUGUCCAUUGAAUCCACCCUCUACCGUCGAACAGCAAAUCGAGGUGGUACAGCAGAUCGAAGGUGACAACGUUUUAUCUAUGUCCUGUCCACUGACUCUGUCCAAUACCGUCGAGCAGCCAAUCGAGAGUUCAAAGCAGUUCGAAUGUGACUACGUUUCAUCUAUGUCUUGUCCACUGACUAUGACCAUUGCCGUCGAGCAGAAAAAUGAGAAUGUACAAAAGACCGACGAUGAUAUCGUUUCAUCCAUGUUCUGUCCGUUGACUCUGUCCACUACCGCCGAACAGCAGAUUGAGAGAGUACAGCGGAUCGAAGGUGCAAACGUUUCAUCCGUGUCUUGUCCGCUGAAUGUGUCCAUUGCCAUUGAGCAGCAAAUUGAGAGUGAACAGCAGAUCAAAAGCGACCCAGCCAUAUCCAUUUCCAGUCUAUUGUCUCUGUCCAUUGUAGUUGAGCAGCCGGUGGCCGUCAAAAACUCAGUGAUGACGGAAGUUGUUGUGGCCAACCACCAUACAGUUUCACCGGAAUUGUCGCCACAGUUUCCUGUUAUGACAUCAACCACUGACGACGAGAACCCGAUAGUCCAUAAAGUUGUCUCGCCGUCGCCGCAGCCCAAAGAUGGCAUCGAGUGUCCGGUUCAAUCAAAUACGGGUAAGAACCAAACCAAAAGUAUGAUAAUUUGUGUUAUGUGAAUAAUAUUCAGUAGUCAGCAAUCAAAGUACCUAUGUAAUUAG